GUCCGAAUUGGGCCAACGUUUUUAGUAUGUAGGAGUAGGAUCUAGCAGUAGCACGUAGCAGUAGCAUGUAGUAUCCGAACGGGCAGUUCGGACGCAGCAUGUCUCUCCAGGUUUAUUUUGAGUCUGUGGGUGGGUGGGGCUCUGACGCUGACCAAUCAGAAUCGCUUCAACAAACGAACUUCCUGCUCGGGACAGAGGAGCCUGAGAGCUGUUUUUUCGUCAGCUGGUCUCCUCGACUCCAAGUACGUCAAAUACUUUCCAAGAGAAGUUCGGUUAGGCCGCUAACUUCACACAGAGAGCUCGAAAAUGAGUGAACCGAGGACUCGGAUUCAGCAGCUCGAAGUUGACAAACUUUAACAGAGUCCGCUUCUACCGGUUCCUGUGGCGCUGCUGAAAAGCCUCAUGAAAGGGAGAGUUUUUAUUGUCCUAGCUUGGUGGCUAACGUUAGCUAUUUGUCUGCUGAAUUACCGAGAUGGCAACUAGAGGAGAGAUGGCUCUGCGGCAGAAGUACCGUCGCCCACCGGCGUGUAUUAAGCAGGAGCAGGAUGACGACUCGGACGCGGAGGAGACACACCUGGGUCUGAGGAGAUCCGACGGGCUGGAGUCUCAGAUCAUCCACAGCGGACACUUCAUGGUGUCCUCUCCACACAGCGAGCACCCCCCGAAGAAAGGCUACGACUUCGACACUGUCAACAAACAGACCUGUCAGACUUACCACUUUGGCAAGGCGAGCAUGUCACACCUGUCCAUAGACGCCUCCCUCACCAAACUGUUCGAGUGCAUGACUCUGGCGUACAGGUAGGUGUUACAACACACCUGAACUCCCACGAGAACUUCAUUUCAACCUCAGUUAUGCUGCACGGGUCCUCCACUAAAAUGCAUUAGGUUUGCAGGAAUACUUUAAUGCAUGCACGGGACACCCUGACCCGAAACUGCAGUCACGAGGCUCCUUUUCAUGGAACUUCCUGCUUGACCAACCAUGAUCUGUUAGUGGAGUGGAGUGGUGACAGGAGUCCUCAGCUGAAGUGUGGCAUUCUUAUCACCACUUAAAAUGUCUGUAAAAGUCUUUUAAAACUAACUCAACACACACAGAUACAUAUUAUCACAGUUCAAUUAUCAUAACUCAUUAUUAUUAUUAUUAAAACCUUUUAUCCUCAAUAAUAUUUGUAUUAGUUUUAUACAGAUUAUACAAAGGAAACACAUCACAAACACCCCCUUUCCCUCAAAACCUGCCUACUGCGGGAUAUUCCUAUUACUGUGCUUAAAUAACAAAAAUAUAUAUUAUACAUUAUAAUAUUUAUUUAUAAUAAAUAAAUAAAUCAAGAAAGUACAAGUAAGUGCUGGAAUUCAGGUUUUGUAGAUCUUGAAAUACGUAAGAUGUUGAGGAAUAAAAAGUAGAAAGAGAAUAAGUUCAAUGAACUACUGUAUGUUAAGAGAAAUACAAAUGUAGACAAGUCCCUGAAAACUGAAAAAGUCCAUAAAGGAGUGUAAUUGUCAUUUUAAUAUCUUAGAACUGCUUAAGGUGCCCCCCACAACAGACUUUCCUACCAACAUAUCAGUUUUGUGAAUCGUGAUGUCUAGACUUCCUAAUUUCCCAGCAAGAUACAACAUCCUGCGGGAUUCUCCAGGUGUGAAACAUCCCCACCACCAUCCCAGGGGGGUAGAGUGACGGUCCCCACAGAAAACAAAAGAUGCCAACAUCAAAAAGCCCCAUUCCUUGCCCUCUGAGGGGCGGUCCUCAAGCAUAAAUGUUCAUGUUUCCCCAUGUCCUGGGUCUUUCUUGAUUCUGACCGCUCGGAUGCAGAUUGACCUUUUCUUUGCAAAGAAAAUAAAACCUUGCCGGCCGGCAGAAGUCUCUAUUUCAUUCUUCACCAGCAGCAACGGGAAAAAACUUCCACGACAGGAGAUAAGAAUUUAAAUUGUAUGGUUUUAAAACAUCACAGAAAUAUAAUAUUUCAAAAAGAAAACAGCUAGAAGAGGAGAGAGCUGAUUCAAAAUGAUGAGAGUUUCUGAAUGUGGUCUAGAAAAGGUCUGCAGAUCUUUUCGAAUUUUCUGUCAUUACCCGCACCCGAGUAACGAAUCUUCUCAAGGUCCGAACAAGACAUAAGGUCUUUCAGCCACUGACCAUGAGUGGGCGGGGCAGCAUCCCUCCAUCUAAGGAGAACCGCACGUCUGGUCAGGAGGGAGGCAAACGCUAGGGUUCGGCUCUUAGUGGCCUUUAUUUAACCAGGUUUGUCCCAUUGAGAUUAGGGGUGCACCGAUCACAAAUUUCUAGCCAAUCACCGAGCAACAAUCUUUAAAAGGCUUGAGUCAUCUGAAGAAUAUCCUCAUAAAUCGACACGUACGCACAUGUAAAGACGGCCAAUUUACUUUACUGUGUAAGACACAAUGAUGUGUUAGAGCUCCACAGUUUAUUAUAAACCUCAGAGCACCAUGAUACACACUAUCCAGCAUGUGGAGGCAUUGAACAGAGGCAGUCAUGUAUAACAUAUCAUCGUAAUCAAUAAUUGGAAGAAAGGUUGACUCCACUAGUUUCUGUUUUCACCCUAAAAGAAAAUCAGGACUGGUUUCUAAAGUAAUGGGCUGUAUCAGCUUAUCAUGAACAGGAGGCCCAACUUCACAUGACUUGAGUGAAACUUUCUAUCAACUUUAUGUUUUUGUUUUAAUUCCAGUCAAAGUAGGGCAGUUAAUGUUCAUUAAAUAGAUUUAAUUCAGAAAAACACUCGAACCUCAGAUGUACACUCUCCACAGUGGGUUCAUUGUGAGACAUUUUGUCUUGUGAGGUUGAAGCCUGAUGACGUUCAAUCACAGCUGUACUGCCAUUAAAGAGAAAGAUCUUUGUUCUAACUUUAGGUGGAGCGUGUUUAACAGGAAUUUGCCUCAAGUGUUGAGCUGAAACCACCAACAGGAAAACUCACAGGAACUUUUACCUGUCAGGUCAUAUUUGAGUCAGGGUGUGCAGCCUGCCAGCUUUGACGGUUUCUUUUUAACCACAACAGACGCCUUUUUUUUCUUUUGUUUGAACAAGCAAGAGGCGCAGUUUCAGACUUGUGUACUCAUUUUUUCAUAAAUAGUCAUAUUGUCUUUUUUUUUUCUUAGCUGAACCACUGAGAGUAGACUCUGUGGUUUGAUUCCUGUUUUCAUGUAAUGACCUGAAGAAAGAUUAUGGACCCAAAAUGCUCAAAAGAAAAUAGAUGAUGUGGUUUUGAAGAAAGUGAUGAUGAACUGAGACAGUACUUGCAGGAUGAAUUACUUUUGUUUGUGGCCGGCAGCUUUCCCAGAAGGUGAGAGUAGAUAUGCUCUCAAAACCCUUUGCUGAACCUUUUGUUUCGUCUCUAUUGCUGCUGAAACUUUUUAGACGAAAGUGAAAUAUGAUAAGUUCUCCAGCAUGAUUCAUUGUUUAUAUGCAGUUACAGUUUGGAUACAAAUCAAAUGUUGGGAAGUUGUUUAAAAAAAGAGGGGGGUGUAUUAUGCUACCUCUGGUUCUCUGUUUACAGGUACAGUACAGGCCAAAAGUUUGGACACACCUUCUCAUUCAAUGCAUUUUCUUUGUUUUCAUUACUAUUUAAAUUGUAGCUUCUCAAAACUAUGAAUGAACACAUGUGGAAUCAUGUGCUUAAGAAAAAAGUGUGAAAUAACUGAAAACAUGUUUUUAUAUUUUAGAUUUCUCAAAGUAGCCACUCUUUGCUUUUUUGAUAGCGCUGCAAACUUUCGCUGUUCUCUCAAUGAGCUUCAUGGGGUAGUCACCUGAAAUGGUUUUUACUUCACAGGAGUGCCUGAAGUAACCCUGACAAGGUACUUCUGUCAUCGAGAGCAAAGAGUGGCUAUUUUAAAGAAACUAGAAUAUAAAACAUGUUUUCGGUUAUUUCACACUUUUUUUAUAAGUAAAAAAUUCUACAUGUGUUCAUUCAUAGUUUUAAUGCCUUCAGUGACAAUCUACAAUGUAAAUAGUCAUAUAAAAAAAAAAGAAAAGACAUUGAAUGAGAAAGUGUGUCCAAACUUUUGGCCUGUACUGUAUAUAUAAUGUCACUGUAGCGCUGGAGCAGAGCCAGCAGCUUAGAGGAUUCCCUCUGACUUUACAAGUGGCACCAACUUGAAUUCUUUGGGAAGACUAUUUUUAGAGCAGGAAAGCACCACUACCUCUCACUGUUCUGCUGUUGUCAUUCAUCUGUAAAGGAGAACUGGGGUCUAUUUAUUUACACCGGCUGCUCUGUGAACUUUCCCCCUGUGAUACUCUUUCUGUUUCACCGAGCGAGGUCUGAAGAGUCUAAAGUUUGGUAACGGCUAUGUUUUUAAAAAGCCCAAGUUUGAAUACACUUUUAAAAAUUGCUUGGUUUUUGGGCGCCAUAAUUCAGGGGCGUGUCUAAACUGACCCAUGACCUGAAUAUUUGUGUUGUUUUCUCUCAGUCUCUUUCAUAGCAAACCAACCUCGGUGGAUUCCAGUCUACCUCAUUUCCAUUGCUAGUUCUACUUUUCAACAUUAUUCGUCAGGAUGACUUGUACCUUAUUUGUUUGUUCACUUAUGUUGUUUGCUUCUUGGCUUUUUAGUGGUAAACUGGUAUCUCCCAAAUGGAAGAACUUCAAAGGUCUAAAACUGCUCUGGAGAGACAAGAUCCGCCUUAAUAACGCCAUAUGGAGAGCCUGGUACAUGCAGUGUAAGCGCACCACACCUUCUUUGGUCAUCAUGUAGCCAUAAAUAUUGACUGUAUUGUUUGGCAUCGAGUUUGAAGUAACACUUCAAUAUCAAGGACGCCAGGAUCUAGUCUAAGAGUCUUCGUCUUUACAUUAUUAAAUCAGCAGCUUUGUUAUAUCAACAGAAAACCAGAUCCAAAUAUUUGUGGCUUGUUCAGAAGCUCUUUUCAUGGACCAGGUUUAACAUCCAGGAUCCCUCGUCUUCUUGUAUUUUGAGAAAAAAGUGUUAACAACAGUUGUGCCUUUUGUAACAACACCUAUCUGGUCUUUAUAUUACAUUGUUGUGUUAUAAAAUAUGUUAAAAUUGCCGUAAUUUGGGGGGAAAUAAAUCACAUUGACACAACAGGUGACUCCAAACUUCUGAAACGCAGCAUAGCUAUUUCUCUGUGUGCUUAAUUUUAUAAACAAAAAUCAACUGAAGGUAACCAUAAGCUUCUUUUCCUACCUGCAGAUGUGGCGAGAAGGGCGAAUCCCGUCUGUCACUUUGUGACUCCCCUGGAUGGAACUAUGGACUUGGACAUCAACCGUCCUGCAGAGGUAAUGUGAUCAUUCGUGUCAUGUGCCCUCUCAUAGAUCAGUCCUUAUUUAAGCACAUGAACAUUUAGUGUAAGGUUUUUGGUUCCCUUGUUACUUCCUUUCAUUGUGCUGUUUGUUGUUGUGCUCUGAUGAUUGUUUCCCAUCUCCCGCUCUGUUGGGCAGGCCACUGUAGCAGAGGGGAAGUGUUGGAAAAGGAGAAUUGAAAUUGUCAUCAGAGAAUACCACAAGUGGAGAACAUACUUCAAGAAAAGGGUAAAUUACUGUUCACUUUUUAUACGCACUAUAAAAUAUUAAAUAUUCUUUUAAUAUCUGUCUAUAUGAUACUCACUGAGUCUUUACAGUUACAGAAACACAAGGACGAUGACCUCUCCAGCUUACUGAAGGUAUGAACAAAUGCAUCAUGCCCAGCCCACCUUAGAUAAACGCAGCAGGUGUUUGUUUAACCAAAUGUUGUUACUGAAGUGACUGAUCCUGCUAACGCAGUCACCUUCACAACAGUCAUAUAUUUUUCACACAUCUCCAUUAACUUUGUGCACAAAGUACUUUUGACACCACCUUAGUUUUUAACUUGCUUUAAGACACAAAAGUAGUAUUAUUAACAGUGUUAAUCCUUUUUUGAAUAAAUGCAUGAAACUGUAGUUUUUCGUGUUGGCUGUACUUAACCCUGCAUGUGAGUGUGCCAUUAACCUGCUCGGUGGUUGCAUCUUAAACACUCGAAGGGACCCGAGGAGCAGAUGUCGCUGUUUGGGGAAGUCUCUCCAGACAUGCUCCGUGUCUCCUUUUAUCAGGAUGACGACACAGCUGCACGACGCCUGCCUCGAAAGCAUAACGAAACGCCCGCCCCCAUGGAGAUGGACUCCCUCUUUGACAUGGAUGUUCUGAUGUCGGAGUUUUCAGACACGUUGUUCUCCACGUUAGCCUCACACCAGCCCAUAGCCUGGCCCAAUCCGAGGGAGAUUGGUGAGAACUUCAUCAGCUGUCUUCUCAGUUUAAUCAGUAGAGACCGAUGGUUUGUACGACGGAGUAUUAGGGCCACUUUAAGAAAAAGAAAUUUAAGACUUUGAGAUUAAAGUCAUUAAUUUACGGGAAUAAAGUAAUUAUAAUAAUAAUAAUAAUAAUGCAUCAGAUUUCAUAUAGCGCUUUAUCAGAGACCCUCAAAGCGCUUUACAUUGGAUACAUCAUUCAUUCGCUCACACAGUCACACUUUUGGUGGUGGUGGAAACGUGGCUGCCAUUCUGCGCCUACGGCCUCUCCGACCACCACCACACAACACUCACAAUCAUACACCAGUGGAGGACACACACUGGUAUGUACGAGAGUAAAGUCAGAAUGAAGUCCUGAUAUUCUAACCUGCUGUUUAAGAUGCCAGCUGUUGAAAUGAGAGCCAUGGAGCAUUUCGUGAAAAUGUACUUCAAUAUAUGUUUCUCAAACAAGGAGAUACUUAAUCUUUUGGCACAUCAGCACCACAUUGUCAUAAGAAUAGUAGUAAAUGUAGUAGUUGAUUAUGACUUUAUUCGCUUAAGUAAUUUCUUUAUAACAACUUUAUUCUCAUAAGUAAUGAUUUUACUACGACUUUAUUCUCGUUAGUAAUUACUUCAUAUGACUUUAUUCUCAUAAUUACUUAAUUCAACUUUAUUCUCAUAAGUAAUGAUUUUACUACAACUUUGUCCUCAUAAUUACUCAAUUACGACUUUAUUCUCAUAAGUAAUGAUUUGACUACGACCUUAUCUUGUAAGUAAUUACUUCAUUACAACUUUACUCUCGUAAGUAAUGAUUUUACGACUUUAUUCUCAUAAUUACCUUAUUAUGACUUUAUUCUCGUUAGUAAUUACCUAGUUAUGACUUUUAUUCUCGUAAGAAAGGAUAUUAUUACCCCCUUUUCUCAUAAGUAAUGAUUUUACUACGACUUUAUUCUCGUUAGUAAUGACUUAUUCUCGUAAAUUAAUGACUUUAAUCUCGAAGUCUUAAUUUUCUCGAAGUAUUAAUUAUUUUUCUUAAUAAGACCCUUACACUCCAUCGUAGGUUUGAUCUAUGUUCAUCUUAGAUAUUGUUGUUUUCAAGCUUCUUCAUGUUUAAACUGAUUAACUACAUUUUUCCUAAUCCACAUUUCCAUCAUGUCUGACCUGCACAGCUCAUGCAGGGAAUGCAGACAUGAUCCAACCAGGACUCAUCCCCUUACAACCCAACCUUGACUUCAUGGAUUCCUUCGACCAUCUCCAAGGUAGCAGUAAGGCACCUGCCACAGCAGCAGCAGCAGCAGCACACAAGCUAAUAGUGCACACUUUAAAAUAAUCAAGCACACGUUCUGGUAACUCUGCUACAGCAGUUGGCUUAGCCUAACACAAAAGUAGUGUGGUUUUACUAACCUCUAGCUAACAUAGAGACUCUUGUUCCAGACUUAUUUCACAGCCUCCGUCAGCCCAUCUUCCCUUCUGUUUCCCCCACUGCAUCAUCUGUCACCCCUCUACCCAGCAGCAGCUCUCAGUCACAGGUAAACACCAAUCCAAGGCACAGUCCCUAACACACACCACCGUCAUGGAAGUUUGUGCGAGACUUUAUAUUCCUCCUUGAUUUAGGUCUUCUGAUUUUUGAUCCCGUUUACAAGGAUUUCUGACAAAUCUUCCACCAUCUAUCUGCCUAAAUUUAAUUUAGUUAUGCAAAAAAAAAUCAAUUUAACAUCAUAAUCUUACUAAACUUAAUUCACAUAGCACUUUUCAUACAUAACUUACUGCUGUACCUGCUUCACAUUAAAUUUGUAAUCUAGUGGGAAUCAAGAGCCGACCAAAUUAUGGAUAAACAUUUUGCUUCUUUUUCAAGCUUCCUUCAUCCUUAAAUUUUCACAUGAAUUAGUUUCUUCAGUUAGAUUUUGGAGAAAGUAUUUCAGAGCUACAGUUGGGUCCAUGAAUGCAGCUUUUUCUCGGGUCUCUGUCUGAGUUUUUAGCACACAAACAUAACUAUUUAACUCACUCCUAGGGGCUGGGUUUAUCAUUGGCAAGUAUCAAAAUGUGGUCAAAAUGUAUUAUCCAGUUAUACAGAAAACAUUGGAACACUAUAUAUAUAUAUAUAGAAGUUGUGAUAUGACCUUGUUCAUUUUCGCCCAUUGAAACCUUUAAAGGAUUUUCUUGUAGCAGCAAUAUUUUUCAGAUGGAUUUUCUAACCUCAAACUUGGGAAAUCGGUAUGGAGCUUUAUCUUGACAACUUGAGUCAUUCGCAUUCUGCAUUUGCUUGAGAUGUAAAAGUAAAGUUGAAAGUCUCAGUAUUUAGAAUCAGGAAAAGACAAAUGUGUAUUAAUGUAACUUAAACCACUAAGAACAGAGCUGUGUCUCUUCUUAAUCACGUUCCUCUCAUGAAAAAUAGAAUAAGUUUUUGUUUUUUUUUCCUUUUCCUUUGUCGUCCCUCGACAGGCCCAGCUUAUGUCCUCCAUGCAGCUUAAUACCAACCUCAUUCCCCCUCCUGGACCCCUGCCUAUCCCCACCCCCAUGGCCAGUCAGACCAGUCACACAGGUGGCAGGGAUGCUGUCUAUGUACAAAACUAUAUGCCUCUGUUUCCUGGGCAGGUGGCGCCCAGUGAAGCUGUAGUUUCCCCUCAGCCAUUGUCUCAUGGUUCUCUGGCCCAGUGCCUCUCAGAUCAGGACAUGACUUCAGCAGCAUCCAUGGUGCCUUCCCCCUUGGACAACACCUCGGCGCUGGGUGAGACUGCAGUGCCGUCGGAGAUCACACACAAAGCCCCCCGUUCUGUUACACCCAGUAUCUCAGCCACCACUUUCAGCCAGGGCUCCGAGUAUAGCUCCAUAUCCUCUCAAGCUCCCCCUCCUCCUCCGUCCCAGCUCCAGCCUUUGGCUUCUUUGCCAGCCACUCCUGUGCAGCACCCUCAGACUUUCGCCCUGCCACGCCCCUUACAGUCAACAAGUGCCAACAAGAACCGCACUGUGCAAAGGAUUGCUCCUGCUAACACAAUCCCCUCCUCUCACCUCAUCAUCACAGGUGUGAUUCCUCCUAGUUCCUGGUUUUGGGAUCUGAUUUUGAUUCUGUAUUUGAAAAAUUGUGCAUUUAACAAUGUAAAUCCUGUGUCAUUAAAAUACCAUAAAACAGUGCAAAAGCAUUUCUCAUCCAGUCAUGUAGAUUUAGAGAGAUUAGACCUGCAAUUAAACAAAUAUAUGUGUGUUUCUGCAGCUGCUUUAUGUUGUCAUAUCCCUGAGCAGUAUGUGAGACUCUGUUUAGGCCAAUAUUUGUCUCUAUCAAUUGUCUUAAUAUCUGGUAAGAUAUAAAUACAGUCUGAAUUUUGCUAAUAAGAUGAAAAAUCUGGUACAGGGAUUAUUUACCAAAGAGUUUACCAAGUGGAAGAGUCUAAAAGGACUUCUGUUUAUUGACACAAAUAAAAUAACACUUCUGUGUCUAAUUAACUCUGAUUGCACUUUCAGGCCCUUUUCAAGCUCAAGCUAAUGCUGUGAUUGUUACACCAACUCCUCUGAAGGGAGAUGUUGUGCAGAAUACAGGAGUCGUCCUCACUCCUCACCUCGCAGGAGUAAGUAUCCAGAGUUGAGGUCUUUUUGUGCAGCCAAGACAAUUUCAUUUUUAUUUUUCUCGAUUAUGUUUUGUACAGAAAUGUUAAAUUAAGCUGAAAAAACACUUAAAAGUCUUGGUCUAACAGCUGUUUCUGCUCAUGUAUUCCAGGCUCCUGGUUUUCACAUGGUGUCCCAGCAGACCCCUCAGCCCAUUGUUCCCAAAGAAAAGUCUUAUUCCUCCAGCCGCAAAAACCAAAAAGCCUCAUCUAGUGUCGGUGAGUGACUGUGCUCCACAGAGACAGAUAAAAAUCACUAACUGAUUAUUGCAAGUUUUACAGUUUUGUUUUCUAUUCAGUUCACAGUCAACCAGGAUCAGGUCAAGGAUCGCCAUGUGGGUUAGAUCAAGUGCCCAGCCCACAGGCUCUGAUCAGCAGCAGCAGUACCCCGCUAGUAAAGAAUGAACAGAAUCAGGUUUGUGUGUUUAAGUUUCUGAGAGGUGGGGUAGUCAGGAUCUGAGGAAGAGGGAGAAAUCUUGAAUGUAAACUCUACCCCUCCCAACCAGUUAGCCCCGCCCACAAACAGACGCUCCUGCUCGCUCGUAUCAUUUCAAUUAAAUUCAGAUAUAAUGCAGAUAAAUACUGAAGAUAAUUACAAAUGGGGCCCAGUCAACGUGAAAGUAAAAAGCAUUGGUGCUACUGUAGAUGCCAACAGACUACCAGCAAACACAAUGUUUGCAGGACUUCUACAACUAGGAUAAAGUGACAUAGUCCAGGACCCGAGGGAGGACAGUUUAGCGAUGGCGCUACAACACGCUACAGCAGGUCCGUUUGACAAGAAACACUUCUGUUACAGACACUUGUCUUACUUUGUUAAAGCGGUUUACCUGUCCAGCAGAAAGGUUACAGGGUCACCAAGAUCCCGAAGUGUCCCCCCCGUUGUUUAUGCGUCAUUGACGUUGACCCGGCUUUUUUAGCUCUUGUCCGGUCUACCUCCUUUUUAAGCGCCCGUUUUUCCACCAGAGUCUCCGGUAUUUACUCCGUUUUCUUGCUUGUGUUGGUCGUCGUGGCUAAAGGAGGAUUCAGACAAGUUUCUGUACUUUCUGGUUGGUUUCUACUGUCAGAUAUUGUAGCACGCUAACUUUGUUUGGGCUCGUGCACGUUAUCCGAGGAUGUGGAGCAUGCCUCGCAACACGAGGGAGCAGCGUCUGCCUCACAACCAAUCAGGUCGGGGAGGUGGAGAACGGCUUUGAUUACAGUCAAAAAGAGUGGACCAUUAAAAAAAUGUAAAAAGUUGACUAUAUAGGCAUAAGAGAACACAGCGAUAUCGUUAUAUUCCCAAAUGUUAUCAAUAACUAAUAGCUAUUGACUGAUAUUAAAAGCUUUUUUGUAAAUAUUCCACAAAAUAAAAAUGCAUCUUUAACGACUUCCUGCCUACCCCACCUUUUAAAUCGUAUUAGUUUCCAAGUUUAUGCUGAGUUUUAGUCCUCGGAGAUAAAGUGCAAAGCCUUCACAGGAUUGAGCAAUAAUGAAAACAUCUGAAAUAUGACUGAGAGGCACAUUCAUGUGUUGAGCUCUGUCCAUAGAAGUACAUAAAUCCCACAGUAGAUGAAGUUAUCAGACUGACUUUUAUAACCUGGUAAAUGAUAAAGCUCUUAUAUAACAUCUGCCACAUUUCAUCUUUUCGACCAAUAUAUGACCCCCUCCUACACACAUGCACACACACACCCAUGAUAAACCAUGAUAAAUGUAUCAUCUCCUCUCUGCUUCUCUGUGACAGGGCCGUAGGACAACACACAUAACAUCUGAACAAAAGAGACGAUCAAACAUAAACAUCGGCUUCAAAACACUCUGCAGCCUCGUACCCACGCUGAAGUCGCAAUCAAAUGUAAGUGUCCCUUUCUCUCUGCUCGUUACCGUUUUUGACAGUGUUUAAGCUGAGUAUUUCCUUCUCUGUAUUGUUCACAAUUUAAUCAAUUAUCCUCUCUUCUUACCGUCUCAAUAAACUUCAUUUAGAUCAGUAAUGCAGUCACGUUGCAGAAGACAGUGGAGCACAUUGGGAAGCUCCAGCAGGAGAGGUCGCAGUUACAGGAGGAGGUCAAGAGACUACGAGAGGAGAUCGAGGAGCUCAACACCUCAAUAAAGUAUUUGAAAACAACAUUUUACUCAACAACAUCUCUCCUGUAGUGAUACAAAAAUAACCAACACUUUACAUGAAGUAACUCACUGCUGCUUCCUCCUCUGCUCUUUCAUUCCCAGCUUGUGUCAGGAGCAGCUUCCUGCAACAGGAGUGCCCAUCAAGCGGCAUCGCAUCGACCACAUGCAGGAGAAAUUCAGUGAAUACGUGAAGAACCGAACUCUUCAGAACUGGAAGUUCUGGAUUGUAUCCUUUAUUCAGAGAGUUGACGUGAUUACUUCUCAGAGAAAACAACAUUUUACCUGACCAGAUAUGAGGUGAUAGUUACACAGUAAAGGUAGAGAUCAUAAGAUGUAAAGAUAAUUACAAUUCUUCUCACCUCUUGAAAACAUGUUUCACUUUUGUGCAACUUAAACAUCCAAUUGAUGCAGAAAGUGGAUUGACAGAAACUACAGGCAUAGAUAUUUGGGUGAGGAACUCAAAGAAUUGAUCUCAGCUCACACGCGUUGACUCCCGGUUGCUUCAUGAUCCUUGACUGAAGUCCAUUUAGUUCAGCAUCAUCAUCAAGCCCCUCUUUGACUCAUUCAACGGGAUCGUGUCGACUACAAACCAAGCCGAACUCUUUCAGACCACGCUGCAAUGGCUGGAUCAUCACUGCACUCUCCGAGCGCUUAGACCCAGUAAGUCAAACAUGGAAACAGACGAAUGCAAAAAUUUACAGCGCAGUGAAAGUGCCUUUUAUUGCACGUGCAUCUGUAUUGCUGCAUAAUCCCCUCAAAUUUGAUGAUAAAGUGAAUGAUUUAAACCUCGAUUUUUGUUUUCCAGUGGUGCUGAGUACCCUCCGCCAGCUGAGCACAACCACAUCUAUACUCAGUGAUCCAUCCCUGCUGCCUGAAGAAGCCAUCAAAGCCAUCACGCACACAGACGUGUAGCCGUGCUCUCAGACUAAGCGAAACAACUCGGUAAUAAGCAAAAGUACAUAUCACUACUUUACAUUUUCUUCGUUCAGCAAGGAUCCCAAGUCUUCCACAGAUGCAUUACUUCCCUGAAAAAUGUCUGAAGCAGCAUUUUGACUCUGUGUGGAUGCUGGUUUUACACUUAUGUUGAUGUUAAAUUGAAUAUUGAGGAUGGUGCACACAGGAAGCUCCUCCUUUGACAUCAGUCAUUGUGCAAAAAGUAGUUUUUUUUUAUUUAAUGUUUGAGCGACUGCUCCUGCCUUCGCCUACUUUAGGAAAAGAUCUUUAAAAUAUUUCAUUAGAAGGCGGUGCUGGUGGUUUGCUUUUAGAACAACAGUAUAUAUUUAAACUUUAUCAUAUGUAAACAGAAAUGUGUUAAAAAGGGAAAUAUUGAGUGAUUGUCCAUUUUGUUUUGUUUCUUUUCUCUCAGAUGUAUAAAGUGUUUGUUUGUGAUGCUUUUUUUAUCACAAAGGAAAAUAAGAUAAAUGUUGGUUUUUACGGCGCUAGCUAGCAGUAUAGUUUGUGUUUAUUUUGGAGGGUUUUGAAACCUCCCAGAAGGGCUUCACAUCAGAAUGUCGAGGGUUUCCUGAAACAUUUGUUGAGUACUUUAAAGAGGGAUGAGAAAUCCAUCCCUCGUUUACUCAGGGGAAUGUUAUGUUGCCAGUGAACAGUUGUAGUUUCCUGGAGUUUUCCGUCCAUGCUGAACACUUACAGUCGUGCUGCGCUCGCUCACAACAGUCCUCAUAGGUACAGUAUGUCACACACGUGGGUCUCUACUGCAAGCUGGAGCAACAGUUCCUUGCAGCUCACUCAAGGAUAGACUCUUCAUGAACAUGCACAGUGUUAGAAGAUCUCAGCUGAAUGCACAGCAGCUGUGGGCGUCUUUUCUCGUCUUUGCUGCUCACUCAGGGCUGUGCUGAUUGUCAUGAUUCAGCUCUGAACAAAUGGAUCGUGCUCGGCAGGAAAACCUGUUGUCUGUGUGGUUUUGAUGUUUCCGUGCUGUUAAACUCAUUAUUUUGUGUGUUUUAAUGGCAGAAAAAAAAUCUGUCUGCAUUGCUUGAAGAAACAAAACAGAACAAAAGCCAUAUCAGACGAGUGUCCCCGUCCAUUCUGUUCACUUUUCAGAGUCAUUUUUUAACAUGAUCGCUGAAUUCUUGAGAGGAGGCCUUCUUUUAGUCAGCACUUCUGGCUUUCAUCAGCCGAUAAACUAAAGUGACCUUGGGUAUCUCUGCAGGCUGAUCAGUCUUCCUGUAUUUUUUUUUUAACCUUUUGGUUCAGCACUCCUCAGGCGGACAGAGUUGGUUAUCGGUGUUUGUGCUUUCUUUUCUGCAGAACUACUGAGUUUACUCGUCAGUUUUUACAGUUGCAAAAUGCACCACUCAUGGUUCAUAUUUAACGAUCGUGCAGCUUUUUUCUGUGAAGUCUUUUAUUGUGGAUUACAAAUGUUUCUAAACUGAGUUUUUACUUCUCUACAUGUCAAGACAAACUCUCCAUGUUGCUUUCUUUGCAUUAAGUUACAGGCAAUAAUCAAAAGUGAAACUUUUUUUCAGCAUUCAAGGCAGGGAGGUUUAUUUUAUGUCAAACGGCCACGUUUUCAUGAGUGUGUUUGGGGUUCUUUAGCCUUUAUUUUGAAAGGACAGCUAGUGAGGGAGAUGGGGAAAUGUAGGGAGAGAGUGGAGGAUGACAUGAGACCCCUGCUCUACCAGCUGAGAUGAACCAGCUGGCCUUAAGGUGGACAAAUUGAAGCAGUGUUUCUUUUUACACUAAGAAAUUCAAAAAGCACACGUGAAUGCAGCUUUUAUGAAUAAAGAGUUCGUUCUUAGCUGGAUAAAUCUUUCCCCUUCAGAUGAUAAAACCUGUGAUUUUACCCCUAAGUUGUGUGAGGACAUUUUUUCUCUGAUUUUAAGUGUGUCACCGACUUUUAUUUGUUGUUUCUGUCAGGGGGGGUUGGUAACAAAUGAUGUACAGUAUAACAUUGCAGAUUAGAUCUGCACACCCUUUUCCCCUGUAAUUUUAGUAUUUUAUUUUUGUCUGUUUUUAAGAAGAUGUUCGUAUGCUUCAUGAUCAGAGUGUUUGUUUGUUUUUUUUCUCCUACCAAGUUCAUGUUUUCAUGAAACAACUUUAAGGAUGCCUUACAAUAAAAGCAACAACAACAAUGGCAAUUUUGAAUUCUUAUUGCUUUAUUUUAAUAACUUAAUAAAUAUCCUGUUCUGAAUAAAUAUUACUUUGUUAGCAGAUACUGACAAAAACACAUUUUCUCAUAAUUUAAAUCGGGUUGGGUGUAGAGAGGUCGGCGGCGGCCGCGCUGAGUCGCUGCUUCAACACCUGCAGCUCACAUUUGACGUACAGGUGACGCUCCCUGUCGUCCUCAAACGAGGGUAAACUGCAGCAGUCCAGACACAGUUUCUGAUCUUUCCAAUGUGCAGUGUCCUGAGCCAAAUGACUGAUGUUCAGCAGAUGAGAAGAAAUCUUCUUCUGGAUCAGUGGGGAUAUCUUCUUCAGGCGGCAACCAGAGGAAGCAAGGUAGGCUUCGAUGCUCUGCUGUCCCUGUCCCACCUGAUCUGAGUGGUUGAUGGACUUGCAGGGGGUGUUGAGGAGGCUUCCGGAGUCAUUCUGCAGGAGAUAAAAGAUGCUCAUGAACAUUCCUCCUCAUGUUUUGUGUCUGUUUUUUUAUCCAGUCAGUCAGUGAGUGUUGUCUCAUUUGUAUGUGAAAGUCUUCAUUAGAGCAGUCAUGCACAAUAAUGAUCAAAUUUUAUACUAGGGGAGACCGGGGAUAGUUGUAACACGGGUCAAUUACCAAACUUCCAAUUUCUCCAAUAGGAACAAGUUACGGAUCACCUGACUCACGCUGCACAUGCUUAGUCUAGUCCUUGUUCCACAUGUGUACAUGUAGGAUCCUGUGGUAGACUCAGACAAUUCAAAGGUAAGAAAGUAGCUUUUUUUUUUUAAUUCAGAUAUUUUUAUGAUAGCAUUGCCUGCUGUGUAGUUGAACUCAUCAAACUUGAGUCACGUUUUUUGUGUGUCUAUGUAGAUAUUUUUCUUGAAAGUUGUUCAUGCCAAAGUUUUAGCUGUUAGCUGUAAAGUAAGUUAGUUUCUGGUGAAAAGGGUCUGGGUUGGCUGUAACAACAAUCUGUUUCUUAUAUAAUUAUUUAAUUAAUAAAGUUUUGUCAUUAUCCUGAUUUUUUUAUGUUACAUUUCACUCCAGGGUUUGUUACAACUAACCCAGACUAUGGGGUAAAUUUUAACAUUUCUCUCCUUGGACUUUAGACUAAGUUAUGCAUUGUCUGUUUGUGUUGCAGGGGUAACUGCUACAGCCUUUAACAGCAGACACAUUUACCUAGUUUGUAUCACAGUUUGAAUGCAUUGGCUUAAAGGAGCUCGGAGAUACAGACAGAAAUGUAAAAAAUGUAACAACCAUCCCCGGUCUGCCCUACUUCAAAACUUCAGAGAUAAUGUUUCAAAUAAAUGGGCUAAAAUCUUGCUUAGCUUCUUUUCUGCUUGGUAUAAACUUUGCAAACUUAACCCUAAAAUUAGUUAUUAAAUGUUAUUUUAUGAGCCACAGUAUUCAUGAUAAUAACGUUUUGAACUCUGUACAAACAUCCAAAAAAAUCAUCUCUAAUAAUGAGGAACCCAACAGCUUAAUUAAAGCACAAUAUUUAUCUAAUUUUCAAAAUAAGUUCACACUAAAAAAGUCUUACCAUGAGUUUCAGAGCGCUCUGUAUCUCCUCCUGCAUCAUCUCGAUCAUCUCGUUUACGACCCCGGCGUCUCUUCCUUUUCUUACACUUCUGCAGGGUGCUUGUGUGAUCAGCAGGCACAGGAAGGUGAGUACUGCAAGUGAUACAAACGAGCACACAUGGGAAAUGAGAAAAAAAAUCAUCUGAAUACUCAGACAUACGCAGCACAGGCAGAGAUAGAGAGAGAGUUACAUCCUGAGAGUUUGAAAGUUGAGCAACGUCUCCCAACUGCAGAGGUUAAAGGACCAUCUGCAUGAAGAAAAGACUCAGCUGGACUCUUACCAGUAAAGAAAUCCAUCACACCAGCAGGCUUUGGUUAGCAGUAGGUUAUUUUCUGUGGGGACACUUUCUCUGAUCCCUCUUUUAAGGAUCAUUUUUAUCAGGACUCUUGUGAUAAAAUCAGGUUUGAUAUUUUCCCUUGUGUUUUAAGUUUGGUAUUUUACAGAAAGAGUCAUACAGGAUUUAGGUUUUCUGUUUUGGGAGUUCCCUCUUCGGAGUCUUUUCCUCAGAAAAAAAAAAGAAAAAAUCUUCACGUUGUGUGACAAAUGUUCCAGCCGUUCACAUAUCUGAUUAGAUCUUUAAAAGUCAAAAGGUGUGACAAAUAAUAAAAAAAUGUCUGUGUCAAAGGGAUUUCCUUUAGCUAAGUUUUACUGAUUGUGUCUUUAUUACAGACUUAUCAGGGACUAUCAAUUAAAAAAUUAAAAAACAAAAACAGCUUGAUACUCAUGUCAGCUCCAACCCCUUUUUUAAUAAGUCAAAUGAAAGUAAGCGUAAAAGGACAAUGUGUUGGUGAAGGUUAACACGGAUAUAAUAAUAAUAAUAAUAAAAAUAAUAAAAAUAAUUAACAUGAAAAUAAUAAUAAUAAUAAUAAUAAUAAUAAUAAUAAUAAUAAUAAUAAAUAUUUAUAAUGCGCCUUUACAGGUGGUCAAAGACACUUUACAAAAAACACAAUUUAAAAUACAGAAAAAUUUGAGUAAUAAGACCAACAAUGUAAAAGGUUAAAAAAGACCCAAUAUGAAAAGACAGUAAAAGAACAGUUCACAGGAUAAAACCUCAUUUAAAAAGGUGUUUUUUUUAGAAUUGAUUUGAAAGUAUGGGGGUCUGUUCAGUCUCGGAUGGGUUUGGGGAGUGGAUUUCAGAGUGUGGGGGCGGCAGCAGAGAAGGCUCUGCCCCCCCACAAGUUUGGUUCGAUCUAGAAAGUGAAAUCCAAAGGUGUGGACUCAAAUC